AUGUCAGAUAUUCAAUUGGCACAGCAGGAUCCAGUUUCACUGAAGAUUAAGUAUUUAAAAUUGAAAAGAAUUAAUGAACUUAAUAAUAAACUUAAAAAUGAAUUGGCUCGAGAACGAAUUACAGCAUCAAAUGCAUCGCUAAGCAUCAUAAAUUAUACAAGUCAACAGAAGGAUUAUGUUAUUUCCGAUGUUUGGGGUUAUCCUGAGCCAGGAACAAAUCAUUUCAGGAAUACUUUAACAAAAAGAGUAAAUAGAAAUCAACAAAAUAAAUCUGCUGACAAUAAUGCUUGUUGCACAAUUAUGUGA